AUGAACUCUUCAUAUUCUCUAUCCAAACGCCUAGUUAAUGUCCCUAUCUUGGCCAUGCAACUUCUCCUCCUACGCAGCGUUUCAUCACUAAACCUAACCAAUGAGUAUCUUAACCACAAAUGCUUCGUCAGUGAAGGGAAAUACAAGCAUGGUGGUAUGUAUGAGAAAAACCUCAACGUUCUCAACCGUUAUGUCGCUGAAAAUGAUCUUGCAAGCGGUUUCGUACAUGUUUCUCAUGGCGAGGCUCCAGAUUCCGUCAACAUCAUAUUACAGUGUCGUGGGGACUCCUUCAGGUCCUAUUGUCAUCCUUGCUAUACCACUGCCGUCAAAGAGUUUCACAAGAGAUGUCAAGGAGACAAAGCAGGAAUAAUAUGGUACGACCAAUGUUUUCUUGUAAUUUCAAAGUUCAAACCCCAACUCCCAAGGAAGAUUGAUUUCAAAAACACAUUUUCAAUGCAAAACCCAAAAAACGUGAACAAGGAAGCAAGAUCAUUUGACAAGAUGACAAAGGAUUUCCUCUACGAGCUGGUGCGAAAAGCCUCUUAUCCCACUGUGGUCGAACACCAGUCUACAUAUUACGCUGCGGGGGAGAAAAAGCUCGGGACGACGAAACUAUAUGCAAUGAUGCAAUGUGCAUCGGACAUAUUGCAAUGUAAGGUUUGUUUGGAAUGGUGUAUCAGAGAGCUUUCCAAGUGCUGCAAUGGUAAACAAGGAGGGAGAGUUUUGGGUAUGAGCUGUAAUCUUAGGUAUGAGCUAUACCCUUUUCUUAGGAGUUAA